AUGGGAAAGGAAACUACUAAGAAAAUUCAAAGAAAAUUAAAACAAAGAAAGAAUUUUACAGUCAUUUCGAUGACUAUUCUCUCAUUGUUUCUAAUGGGAUAUUUAUCUUACACGUAUAUAAGUUCUGAUAAUUUGUCGCCAUUGGUUAAUGACAAAUCAACUUCAUCGUUACUUGAUGAUUCAAACGCCAAUGUAAUUAAACAUGGUGGAAAUUCUAAACAAGAAAUCGAAUUGAAUUCAAUUAAGGUUGAGGAACAAAUUUCUACCAUUAGAAAUGGUAUGAACCUUGUAAACUCAAAACAUUCAAUGACAUCUCAACAUAUUAACACCAAACCAACUGCAGUUCAAGCUCCAAAUGAUUAUAACAACGGUUAUGCUGAGGACAAGGAUAACAUUGAAUCAAACAACAAAAAUAGUAAUUCACCCAAUAAAGGUGAAAAUAAAAAUAACCGUAAUAAUGACAAAUAUGACAUUAAUGCUUAUAAAAAUGCUGCAUUUGAUGCUGCGGCUAACUACAAAGAAAUAAUCAACACUUCUAGAGUGGUUUUAUUCAUGAAAUCUUCAGACUCUCAAUCAAAUGAAAUUAAAAAAUUAUUAUUGAACAGUUAUGAAAUAUUACCAGAAAUUGCUAUUGUCGAUUUAGAUAGACACGUACAAGGUGCAUUAUUGCACGACUACAUUGCAAAAAAGAAAAUCCUAACCAACCAGUUAGGUUACCAUAAGGACGAUCAAUUAGAGGUCCCAUUCUUAGUAAUAAAUGGUGUAUCCUUUGUAACAAGUUCUAACAAGAAUUUCCACAAACUUCACAACGAAGGACUAUUACUGCAAAAGCUAAAGAACUUAGCAGGCGAUUCUGUCAUGAUCUCUAAAAAGGAUAGUCCAUCUAACUCAUAA